AUGCCAGCGGCACUCCUCUUCUUUGCGGCCAGUGCCGUGGCGCUCGCCUGGCAGCUACUUUGGAUCAAACAGUGGACCGACGCCAACUCCGUGGACAACGACGACAACUCCUAUGAUCCCAGCUGGGUCUUGGGCCUGACGGGGCUCUGCUUAGGGGACGUGGUCUUUCGGUGCAUUGGCGGUGCUCUGCUGGCAGCGAGCGUCCGGCAAUUGUCCCGUUCGCUGCACCGCGACAUGCUGAGCCACGUCCUGUUCAGCCCGGUGAGCUACUUCGAUUCGACGCCCCGAGGAAGGAUCCUGAACAGGUUCGCGAUCGACCUCGAGCAGAUGGACUCCCGCUUCUACCUUACGGUUAAGUUGUGCAUCCAGAAUGUCCUGAUGGCCGUGUCAAGGUUCGCCGUCGUCGCAACCCAGAGCCCCGUAGUUCUGGGAAUAGGGGGCAUCGGAGCCGUGAUCCUCGUCCUCGGAAUGCGUCUUGUGGUCCGUGCUUCCAACGAGGUACGUUUUGUGGAAGGAGCCUACACGUCCCGACUGCUCCAGCACGUCACGGAGGCGGUGGACUCUCUUAGCAGCAUCCGGUCCUACGGGAUGGUGGAGCGUUUCUGCAGCCACUUCUGUCGCCUCGUGGAUGCCAACAUGGUGCCGUACAACGCGUACGUCGGCUGCUACAGAAUCAGCAGAGCCCUUGUCAGUGCUGUGGGCUUCGUUAUUGUGUUUGCCACCCUUAUCUUCACUGUGGUUACCGCCACCAGCGGCGCCAGCAGCGUCGGUCUUGCUCUCAGCUCUUCACUGUCCGUGCCCAUGAUCAUGAUGUCUCUAUGCCUGGUGCUGUUUAGCACCCUUAUUACAAUGGCGUCUUUUGAGCGGGCACUUGAAUACACAGAACUGGUGCAAGAGCCUGAUGUUAACAUAGAACCAAGGUACCAGGACGGCGAGAUUCAGCCGGAGCUCCUUUCGGUUCUGCCCGUGGGUCAGAAAUGGCCAACUGAAGGCAAGCUUGAGUUCAAGGAUUAUGCUACGUCUUAUCGGCCCGGGAUCUUGCCAGAUGUCCUAAAAGGAGUCACUUUUGUUGUUCAGCCAGAGGAAAAGGUGGGUGUCGUAGGAAGAACAGGAGCCGGCAAGUCGUCCCUGGUUCUGGCGCUUCUCCGGAUCCUCAAGAGCUCGCGGGGCAGCAUCCGGAUCGACGGCGUCGACAUCAAAGCUGUUCCGCUGAGGAGACUGAGGAACGGGGUCACCGUAAUUCCUCAGGACCCAGGCCUCGUUCGGGGCAGCCUCAGGGACAACCUGGAUCCCACUGGGAGCCAUAAAGACGAAGAACUCUGGCAAGCACUGCGAGAAGCUCACCUGGUGGAAUUCGUGGCCUCCCAGCUGAAUGGGCUCUUCGUGGAAGUAGGCGAUGGUGGUUCCAACCUGAGCGUUGGACAGAGGCAAUUGGUGUGCCUGGCCAGGGCGCUAAUACGAAAGCCGAAGGUGCUGGUCUUAGACGAAGCUACGUCCCAGAUGGACGGGGACACGGACCGCUUGAUCCAGACGACGCUGAGGGAGAGCUUUGCCGGAUGCACUCUUUUGACUAUAGCACACCGCAUCAACACCAUCUUGGACUACGACAAGAUCCUGGUGAUGGGCGCCGGCAGAGUGCUCGAAUACGGGCCAGUUGAUCAGCUACUCGCCGAUGAAAAUUCGCAUUUCAACGAAAUGGCGACAAAGGCGGGCAUGUUGACCGAACGAAAGAGUUUUCAAAGCAAGGCACUCACCACGAAGUUCUGAACGUUAAGACAAA